AUGGAAGGUCGAGCAGUCGUGGAAGUCGAAGCCGACGAUUAUCAAAUCGAGGUAAGCGAGAAACUUGCCACCUACGAACAUUUUAUAGAACAGCAACCGAAAACCGAACCGCUCACAACAGGUGCCACAGCAGCACCUCCACCGAACUUUACCAGGAAGGUAAACCUACCGAAACUGUCUUUGGCACCGUUCACCGGUGAUAUCCUGAAGUGGCAGUCAUUUAAGGACAGUUUCGACGCGGCAGUAGAUCGAGACACUACUUUGGACAAUGUUCAAAAGUUUCAAUAUCUUAAAGCGCAUUUGAAAGAUGAAGCCGCACGUGUAGUGGAGGGUCUACCCCUCACCAAUGACAACUACGCUCACGCCGUAGAACUCCUGUCGAAACGCUAUGGACAAAAACAAAAGGUGUGUGCCGCCUACAUGAAGGCCCUUUGGAAACUAGAUUGUCCAUCGGGCACCCUUUCUAGUUUGACUCAGUUCUAUGAUUCCAUCGAAUCAUACACACGUGGAUUAAACGCACUUGGAAAGAAAGAAGACUCCUAUGGUGAUCUUCUUGUACCCAUCAUCCAGGAAAAGCUUCCCGCAACCAUGAGAAGACAACUCGCACGAGAUGAUGACACUGAGGGUGAGUUGACACUUGAUAAAUUACGGAAAGCUAUCCGCCACGAAAUCGACUCCAUUCAGGCUGCAGACGCAAUUGAUUCCCUCGUUCUUGACGACAACCCGCCGGCAACUGCAGCAUUCUUUACUACAACCAAGAAAACGAUGCCAUACUUUCACCGCCCGUAUCCCUGCGUGUUCUGUAAGCAACAGGGCCACAGAUCUGGACAUUGCACUACUGUCACUUCGAAAAAGGAACGGAAUGCAAUCGUAAAACGGGACAAACUUUGUACAAACUGUUUUUCUAAACGCCAUACAAACUACGACUGCCAGUCAGUCUUUCGCUGCCGAGAUUGUAGCGGAAAACACCACACUUCCCUCUGUCUGAGCCAGACCCAAAAGGAUAAGUCUAAUCGCCACAAGGAUAACAACAAGCGCCAUGAUGAGCAACCACGAACCAGCAACCCAGAAGACAAGCGAGGGAAACAACAGCAGGAAACACACCAGCUCUUCACUUCAAACGGAGACGGCCGCCACCCUGUUUUACUAAAAACUGCGGUGACACAACUCUACGCUGGAAAUUCUUCACUACGUGGAACAGUACUAUUCGACGAAGGAUCGCAGCGUACUUUCAUAACGGAGAGUAUCGCACGGAAGCUCGACUUAAAUCCGAUUGGAAACGAAAAUAUGUGUGUCAGUACCUUCGGCGCGAGUUCACCGGCAGGGGUAAAGUCGCUUCCGAUCGUUAAUGUUGUCCUCCACGACCGGGAAAAUUCUGGGGAAAUCACUGUACGCGCUCUUGUUGUGCCGCAAAUCACUACGCCCAUGCAGAAUCUAGUAAAUCCGGAUGUUGCUAACUUGCCACAUCUACGUAACCUAGCGCUUGCACACCCGCCAACUUACAUGGAUACAUUCGAAAUUGCCCUCCUAAUUGGAGCCGAUCACUAUUGGAAUAUUGUGGGAAAUCACAUUGUUCGGGGCAAAGGCCCUAUUGCUGUGUCAUCCAAGCUUGGAUAUUUGCUAUCAGGUCCAAACCCCACAGUUACCGCUUCAGUGUUUUCCACGAAUGUCAUGAACGUAUCAGUCGCCACCCAACUCGAAAAAUUCUGGGACAUUGAAAGCAUUGGAAUAACGGACAAAACUACGACAAAGGACAUUACGUAUGAAGAUUACACCGAAACCCAUUUACGCAAGGAAGACAACCGAUAUAUUGCCAAACUACCAUGGAGAGAGGACCAUCCGCCACUCCCAACAAACUACAACGUUUGCCGAGCCCGGACCCGAAACAUGGUUCGCUGCUUAACACCUGACCUGAGGAAAGUAUAUCAUCGCAUCAUCCAUGAUCAAGUUAACAGAGGUUUUGUUGAUAUUGUAGAAGAGGACGAUUCCCACCAAGGACAUUAUCUUCCACACCACCCCGUCAAAAAGGACUCAGAAACAACACCAAUAAGGGUGGUAUAUGAUUGCUCGUGCAAAACAGCGAACGGAAACAGUCUCAACGAUUGUUUGGACGCCGGGCCCCCUCUACUCAAUGACUUAGCCGCCAUUCUUCUGCGUUUUAGGACUCAGAAAUUUGGAUUAUCAGCAGAUCUGGAGAAGGCCUUUCUACACAUCGGAUUGGACGAAAGUGACCAACAGUGGACCAAAUUCCUAUGGCUAAGCGAUCCCGAUGACCCCGAAUCUCCCUUCACCGUUUUCCAAUUCAAAGCCGUACUGUUUGGAGCAGUCUGCUCACCGUUCAUACUGAAUGCAACUGUGAAGCACCAUCUAGAGAUGAACGCGAGCCCCGUAUCACAGGACAUUAGCAAGAAUACAUACGUCGACAACAUCAUCAGCGGGGCAGAAACAGAAGAGGAUUUAGUAAAUUACUAUCACGAGGCAAACAUGCUCUCAAAAGACGCCGGAUUCAACUUACGAGAAUGGGCUACCAACUCAGUGGAACUACGUAACAUUGCACAAAACGAAAACCGCGCUAACCCCGAUCCGGAAACCAAUGUAUUGGGGAUAACUUGGAAUACCAAUACAGACGAAUUAGCAUAUCCAGGUAAACGCGCACGCUCCACGGACAAUGAUAAAACAUUGACAAAACGCGAGUGUUCAAAGAUUACUGCCGGGAUUUACGACCCCCUAGGAUUCUUGGCUCCAACGCACAUUCGUGCCAAAAUGUUCAUCCAAAAACUCUGGCGCGAAAAUCUUCAGUGGGAUGAACCCAUGUCUGAAGAGCUACAUAAUGAAUGGAUUAAUCUUAAUCAGGAUCUGUUGGCCGCAACUGCCAUUACUGUACCAAGACCAUACUUCAGCUCCAUGCAAACUGACGCACCAUACCAACUGCACGUGUUUUGUGAUGCCAGUGCCGGAGCUUACGGAUGUGUUGUUUACCUACGUCAAGUCAACACAAACACUGUGUCCAUUGUUAUGUCAAAGGCCAGGGUGACUCCUGUAAAAACACUAACAAUUCCACGCGCAGAACUCAUGGCAGCCUUACUAGGCGCACGACUGCUCAACUUCGUCACUGACAGUUUGAAAGAACAACUGGCUAUAACAGGGUCAAUGUUAUGGUCAGACAGCCAGAUUGUGUUACAUUGGCUCAGCAGUGACAGAAAACUGCCGUGUUUUGUACAAAAUCGAAUCACGGAAAUCAAAGCUUGUGACGUCAUCACCGAAUUCCGGUACUGCCCCACCGAUGCAAACCCCGCAGACCUGGUCUCACGUGGAGUAUCUGCUGAAAACCUCUCUGAAAACAAUCUGUGGUGGACCGGACCGGAUUGGCUGAAAACCGGAGAUUGGCCAACGCGCGAAAUAGGUCAACCUGAUGUGCAAACAGUACUUGCUGCCAUCGCUAACGAGGAAGCAAUUAACACUGUAAAUGUCAACAAUGUCUCGUGCCAGCCCGCUGUGCCUUGCGGGAUAAUGAACAUUCUUGACUCCGAGCGAUAUAGUUCUUUGCGGCGGCUCUUACGCCUCAGCGCUCUCGUGCUGCGAUUCAUCAACAACCUCAAAAGUAAGAAGGAAAAUCGGCUGCACGCGGAGUUAAAUGCUAGUGAAAUAAAUGAGGCGGAACAAAGAUGGAUCAAAGACACUCAAGCGUUUUACUACAGAGAGGAAAUGAAGAACCUCAAAAUGAAAGCAGAGACUCUGGGAACUCUUGCGCGUCAAUUACGGCUCUUCAUUGACAAUGAUGGCAUUUUGCGAGUAGGAGGCCGACUCCAUAUGAAACCCAUGCGAUACAGCAUGAAGUUUCCCAUCUUGAUUCCACCGAAAAGCCGACUUGCAGCUCUUAUCGUUCUUGACUGCCACGCCAAAACAAGCCAUUCAGGACUACAAUCCACAAUCACUUAUAUUCGAUACAGAUAUUGGAUCACACAGAUCCGCGUCACUGUGCAAACUCUUCUACGAACAUGCGUCAUAUGUAAGGUCAUAAAUGGCAAACCAUACAGGAAACCGAUUCCUGCUCCACUACAAUCGUUCCGUUUACUGGAAGCCCAUCCAUUUACGGUUACAGGCGUGGAUUUCACUGGAGCCCUGUUCGUCAAAGAUGGCCUGAACGACCGCCCGCUGACAUAUAUUUCUGAGGAUGUUGAUGUGUCCCCACUGUCACCAUCCCACUUUCUGAUGGGACAUUCUAUAACGGCACUGCCGUACGACGUGGAUACAGAUGAACUUGACGAUCCAACAUUUGGCCAACCACAGGAUCUAAGAAACCGUAACAUUCGUCUUGGAAAGUUACAAGCUGAUUUCUGGAAAAGAUGGACUUCAGAAUAUCUUUCCUCUCUGCGCGAAAAUGACCGUAUCAGUGGCAAAGGUAUAACACAUAAUAUCGUAUCAGUUGGCGACGUUGUUCAGAUUGAGAACUCUUCUGUCCCACGCACUAGAUGGAAUCUUGGGGUGAUUACAAAGGUUUACCCCGGUCGCGACGGACUAAUUAGAUCUGUUGAUUUGAAAACAAAAUCUGGUCAACUGAACCGCCCGAUCGCGAAACUGUACCCCCUGGAGGUGAACUCAACCAUGUUUAAUGCGCCUGAUGACAACGAAACACCGACUAAACCCCCUGCCGGUCCAAUUGCGCAAGACGCUAACAAUGAUGCCCGCGAUAAUGCGAGGCCAAAGCGUAAAUCUGCUCUCAAGGCUCAGAACAAAAUCAAAGACUGGGCAAAGGACUUACUUAACUAA